AUGUCUGUCGUAUCGCUCCUCGGUGUCAAGGUUGUUAACAACCCGGCCAAGAUCACCGACAAGUACGAGUUUGAGAUUACCUUUGAAUGCCUUGAGCAGCUUGAGAAGGAUCUCGAGUGGAAGCUGACCUAUGUCGGAUCUGCUCAAUCUGACCAAUAUGACCAAGAGCUCGAUUCACUCCUCGUCGGCCCAGUUCCUAUUGGCGUAAACAAGUUCAUCUUCGAGGCUGACGCGCCCGAUACGUCACGAAUCCCCGACGCGGAUAUCAUUGGUGUCACCGUCGUGCUCCUGACUUGCGCCUACGAUGGCCGGGAGUUUGUCCGUGUCGGGUACUAUGUCAAUAACGAAUACGAUUCGCCGGAGCUCAUUGCUGAGCCCCCCGCGAAGCCCAUAAUCGAGCGCGUGAAGCGCAAUGUGCUGGCUGAGAAGCCCAGGGUGACUCGGUUCGCCAUCAAGUGGGACUCGGAGGCCUCUGCUCCUGCUGAGUUUCCUCCGGAACAGCCCGAGGCUGACCUCGUAGCCGACGAGGAGGAAUAUGGCGCUGAAGAGGCCGCCGAGGAGGCCGAAGUUGAGGCUGAAGCCGAAGCCGAAGGCAGCGAGAAGGUUGUUGCCGCUCCGGGUGAGGAUAUAGAGAUGGGAGAUGGCGACCAAGAAGCCGUGAGCCCCGCCGAAGACGAUGAGGAUGCUGCUUCGGAGGACGGCAGCGUUGACCUAGAGGGCGAGAGUGAGGACGAGCUCGAGGAGGAAGUUGUUGAUGGCGAGGGUGAGGGAGAGGCUGAGGAGCAUGGAGAUCCUGCUAUGGAUGUGGAUGCCGAAAUGUCUGGUCAUGCGGCUAGUGCUAAGCCUGUGAGCACUGCUUCCUAA